AUGCACCCGUACAACCGGCUACCGAGCAGCGGGCACUCGACGCCGUCGCCGCCGCCGUCGCCGCUCCGGUCACCGAGGCUCCGCCACGGGAGGUCCAAGACCGGGCGGUUCUCUCCGAACCGGGGGGGUGGUCGGACCGCCGCGCAGCGGCUUAGCUGGAUGUUCUUAUCGGUUCUGCUCCGACGACAAGGCGUGUUCCUCUUCGCUCCUCUCAUAUACAUCUCCGGCAUGCUACUCUACAUGGGGACCGCUUCGUUCGACGUCGUUCCGGUCAUUAAACAUCGUCCCGCGCCCGGCUCAAUUUACCGUAGCCCUCAGCUCUACGCCAAGCUUCGCCUCGACAUGGAUUCCGACAAUUCGUCCGCCGAUGCGGUUAUUCCGAUGGAAGCUUCUGUGCUCUGUGAUGCGUUUUAUAGUUGGAUUGUUUGUCAGAUAUCAACAAUAUGGAAGACUCCCUAUAAAGGUGGCGAGUGGAAACCAUGUGUGAACAGAUCUUGGGAAGGCUCUCUCUUGUAUGAAGGGGCAUGUGAUUCCUCUGAUAUUGUUGGUCAUUGUUCUCUGUUCCUACCUGAAUCAAAUGGGUACAUAUAUGUGGAGGCUAAUGGUGGCUUAAAUCAGCAGAGGACAUCAGUGUGCAAUGCGGUUGCUGUGGCAGGCUAUCUCAAUGCUACACUAGUGAUCCCCAACUUUCAUUAUCAUAGCAUAUGGAAAGACCCUAGAAAUGAUGUCCGGGUGGUUGACAAGAUUCCUGAGUAUCUAAUGGAAAGAUUUGGCAGCAACAUGACAAACGUUCACAAUUUCAGGAUUAAAGCAUGGUCAUCUAUUCAGUAUUACAGAGAUGUAGUACUCCCUAAGUUACUUGAAGAAAAGGUUAUAAGGAUUUCACCAUUUGCAAAUAGAUUGUCAUUUGAUGCUCCUCCAGUUGUCCAGCGGCUUAGAUGCUUAGCAAAUUAUGAGGCUUUACGGUUUUCAAGUCCAAUAUUGACCAUAGGUGAAUCUUUGGUUGAAAGAAUGACAAAACACAGUGCUAUUAAUGGUGGUAAAUAUGUCUCUGUACAUCUUCGUUUUGAAGAGGAUAUGGUUGCUUUCUCUUGUUGUGUUUUCGAUGGUGGAAAACAGGAGAGAGAAGACAUGAUUGCGGCUAGAGAAAGAGGUUGGAAAGGGAAAUUUACAAAACCUGGACGAGUUAUACGUCCAGGAGCAAUCAGGACCAAUGGAAAGUGUCCCCUUACCCCAUUAGAGGUUGGGCUUAUGCUGAGGGGAAUGGGUUUCACAAAGAACACAUCUAUUUUUCUGGCAUCUGGGAAAAUAUAUAAUUCUGAGAAAACUAUGGCCCCACUACUGGAAAUGUUUCCUAAUUUACAUACUAAGGAUACCCUGGCUUCUGAAGAGGAGCUUACUCCAUUUAAGAAUUAUUCUUCCAGGAUGGCUGCUAUAGAUUACAGUGUUUGUCUUCACAGUGAGGUGUUUGUCACAACUCAAGGAGGCAACUUCCCUCAUUUCUUGCUUGGUCACAGAAGAUACUUGUAUGGAGGACAUGCUAAGACAAUUAAACCUGAUAAGCGGAAGUUGGCAUUACUGUUUGAUAAUCCCACUAUAGGAAUGUAUCUAAAUAUUCCUCAUCUACUUUCAUUACUUUCCAGAUGGAAAAGUCUUAAGCGUCAACUGCUGAGCAUGAGGUCGCAUAGUGAUUCCAAGGGGGUUGAACUAAAAAGGCCGAAUGAUUCUAUAUACAGCUUUCCAUGCCCAGACUGUAUGUGCCGUGCCAAUAGAACUGAUGAUUCAAGAUCUUCAACGGCAACUUGA